CAAAAAGAAUUUAUAAAUCAGUCACGAAAUUAACAUCUUGAUAGCCUGGCCUAUGAUCUCGUCAGCACGGCAGUUGGCGUAGAAGAAGUUCACACCGUCGUCGGGGCAGCAUUGGAGGAUAGAUUUCGCCUCCUUGACAUCAAGCUGGUUGCCGAAAAAGACCCAGGCACCGUAGUUGAGCUGGGAGAACUUGAGACCACAUCUUCCAAGGUUCUUGUACUGCAUGGUUUGUUCUGGGUUUUUAAUCGAACAGCUGGCGGAUGGUUCUGGGAGUUGUUUGUCCCUUUUGAGCGAUAGACGAAAUGGGAUUGGUAAAGUAAAUAUGCCGUGGAGAGAGUAUGGUGCUGAGAUAUGACGGAGGCCUGAGAGCAACUAAGAUUUUGGUGUGGACAUUAAGCGAUUAGCAGUUUAAAAUUCCAAGCAAUGGCGAAGCGCUGCUGAAUUCAUCACUCAUCAUCACUAUCUGUGACUGUCAUUGUAACCGAUGAAACCACUAAUGGCAACUCCAGAACAAAAAAUUAUUGCAAUUUGACGUUGAUUCUUGGUUUUAAUCGCCACGCCGGCGUCCGCCAUUGGUAUUAAAUUGAAAUCCCACCUUCCCAACAAGAAAUGCUCUCGAAAUUCGGGUUUUUUCAAUUUUCGGCUACCUUUUCUUCUCCCGCACCUCGGAAGAAGGUUCAUUUUCCGCAAAUAAUUGCAGUUACUGCAAAGUCCCGAUCGCAGAUGGGGGCGGCUUCGUAUGGGACGUCUUCGGGUUCGGUGUCGAAGUUGCUUUUCCGACAGCUUUUUGAGAAGGAGUCGUCUGCCUACACUUACCUCCUUGCCGACGCUUCUCACCCUGAUAAACCAGCUCUGUUGGUCAACCCAUUUGGCAAAACAGUGGAUAGGGUUCUUUCUCUUGUGAAAGAAUUAGGCUUAAAUCUUAUAUAUGCAAUCAAUACUCAUGUACAUGCAGAUCAUGUCACUGGAACUGCCUUGAUUAAGAGUAAGGUCCCUGGGGUUAAAUCUAUCAUCUCUAAAGCAAGCAAUGCAAAAGCAGAUCUAUUUGUUGAACCUGGAGAUAAAAUCUGUUUUGGUGAUCUCUUUCUUGAGGUCCGCGCAACCCGGGGUCACACACGCGGUUGUGUUACCUAUGUCACCGGUGAUGGACCUCAUCAGCCUCAACCAAGGAUGGCUUUUACUGGUGAUGCUUUAUCGUUACGUGGAUUUGGUAGGACAGAUUUUCAGGCUGGAAAUUCCGAGCAGCUUUACAAGUCCGUUCAUUCACAGAUCUUAACUUUGCCCAAAGACACACUUGUCUACCCUGCUUAUGACUACAAGGCAUUUUCUGUCAGUACUUUGGGUGAGGAGAUGCAGUUCUAUCCCCGCCUGAUAAAAGAUGAGGAGAAGUUCAAAAACAUAAUGUCAAAUUCAAACUUGUCGUAUCCAAAAUCCACCACCAAAACUAACAAGUUUGUAGUUUACUGCAACACACAGAUAACGAGCCAUGGCCGAAAGGGAAACAUCAGGGAGGCGGAGUCGCUAUUCCAUCGCAUGCCUGACAAGAGCAUCAUUUCGUACACUGCCAUGCUCUCUGCAUAUGCCAACAACGGUCAAAUCGCAAAUGCCCGGAAGCUAUUUGAUGAAAUGCCCCAACGGACUGUUGCAACGUGGAACGCCAUGAUUACAGCUUAUGUGAAGAACAUGAACACAGUGGAUGGGGUUGAAGAAGCUUUUAAGUUGUUUCUGCAGAUGCCAAUGCGAAAUGCAGUGUCUUAUACUGCAAUGAUGAUGGGUUUUGUUAAUGCGGGCAGGUUUGAUGAGGCUGAGAAACUAUAUGAGGGAACACCAUUAGAAUGGAGGGACCCAUUUUGCUCGAAUGUUCUGAUGAAUGGGUAUUUGAAAAUUGGAAGAUUGGAGGAAUCUGUGAGGAUUUUUGAGGGAAUGGUGGAGAAGAAUGUUGUUACUUGGAGCUCAAUGGUGGAUGGGUAUUGUAAGAAUGGGAAAGUUGGUGAGGCUAGAAAAUUGUUUGAUUUGAUGGAAGAGAGUAGAAAUGAGUUUACUUGGUGUUCUAUGAUUGAUGGGUAUAUGAAAACAGGACAUUUUGAGGAUGGUUUUCAAUUGUUUUCACAAAUGAGGAGAGAAAGUCAGGUGGAAAUUGAACCUACUAUUCUUACUGUAAUAUUUGAGUCUUGUGGCAGAAUUGGGAGGUAUAAAGAAGGGUGCCAAGUGCAUGGCCUGGUGUCGCAAUUGGGAUUUGAGUUUGAUGUAUUUAUGGGAAAUUCUAUUAUAGCAAUGUACUCAAGGUUUGGCUGUGUAAAUGAAGCAAGACAUUUGUUUAAAAUGAUGAGUGAGAAAGACAUCGUCUCUUGGAAUUCCCUCAUUUAUGGUUAUGUUCAAGCUGGAAGGCUUGAAGAGGCAUAUGACCUUUUUGAGAAGAUGGAUACCAAAGAUUCAGUCUCAUGGACUACCUUGAUUACAGGAUUCUCUAACAAAGGGUUAACUGAAAAAUGUAUUAAAUUAUUCAGCGAGAUGCCUGAGCGGGAUGAUGUUGCCUGGACAGCUCUUAUUUCUGGAUUUGUGAACAAUGAAGAGCAUGAAAAGGCUGUUUGUUGGUUCCUUCAGAUGAUCCGGAAUUCAAUCAGGCCCAACCCUCUUACUUUAAGUAGUUUGCUUAGUGCUUCAGCUAGUUCAGCCUUUUUGAGCUUUGGUCUACAAAUUCAUGCCCUCGCGUUUAAAUUGGAUAUGGAACAUGAAUUAUCCGUCCAAAAUUCCUUUGUCUCAGUGUAUUCUAAGCGUGGAAGUGUAGAUGAUGCCUACAAGGUAUUCAAAUCCAUUGCUACACCCAACAUUGUCUCUUUUAAUUCUAUGAUUGCAGGAUUUGCCCACAAUGGAUUUGGAGGAGAAGCACUUGAAUUGUUUAGGAAAUCGGUUCAUGACGGACAUCAGCCUAAUCAAGUUACCUUUCUCUGUAUUCUUUCUGCCUGUACCCAUAUGGGACUUGUAGAAGAGGGAUGGGAGCACUUCAAGUCAAUGAGGACUUUGUUUAAGGUUGAACCUGGUCCCGAUCAUUAUGCUUGCAUGGUUGAUCUGCUUGGUAGAGCUGGUCUGCUUGAUGAAGCAAUGAGGUUGAUCAAGUCAAUGCCAGUUGAGCCUCACUCUGGGGUUUGGGGUGCCCUUCUUGGUACAAGCCGGACUCACAUGCGUCUCGAUCUUGCAAAGCUUGCAGCUCGACACAUCUUAGAACUUGAACCAAAUAAUGCAGCUCCAUAUGUAGUAUUGUCAGAUAUCUAUAGUUUUAUGGAGAAGAGAGGGGAUGAAGAACAAAUGAGAUUGUCCAAAAAAUUAAGAGGCGUUAAAAAGAGUCCAGGUUGUAGUUGGAUUACCGUGAGGGACGAGGUUAAAUUAUUUCUUUCAGGAGAUAAAUCUCAUGUAAAUUUUGAAGAGAUUAAAAUUACUUUGUGGACAAUUAUGAAUGAGAUGACACAGUCAGAUGGCAACAACAUUGUCCUGUUAACACCUUAAGAAUUUUGGAUAUUUUCAUGGUAUUAAGUUUUGAUCAGCAUAAUUCAUUCAGAUGAUUGUCUUCUGUGUUUAUAUUGUUGAGGGAAACAAGGAUCACCAAUGGCUGCCAUCUCCACUAUACCAUCAAGCUUAGUCUAUUAGCGCUGCUGAUGGAAAGUGGUGGUCAAAAUUUCCUUCAAAACUUUCUUCUUCAUCUCUUGGACAAGUGGGGCUUUCAAAGGAGAGCUCACAAACUUACAAGUCCUACUCUGUGAAUUUCCAUUGUCAGAGGAGUAACAGUCCUAUUUCACAGGCACUACUACUUGUGUAUCUCUUGGCUCACAGUUUAUGGAGCAAAUGUCAGGAGGAAAGGCCGCUGGAGCAGCUCUUCUUGAUGGCCUGAAUGGAAAGUUCUGAUCUUAUGCAGAACAACCCAAGUUUUGGGAGCUGGCACCUGGAAUGGAAGGUUGGCUGUCUGAUGAGCAUCUCUAAUUAAAAAUGAUUGUAGGUUUUGCAUGAUUGUUUUGGUGUAGCAUGAGAAUCUGUGCUGAAAGCCUGUUGAAGUUAUACUGACAACAAGAAGACGACAACAAUUCACUAAUAAAAUUGAUCUUUUUUUGGCUGAAUAGAAUUGAUAACAUGAUACAGCAAGAAAUACAUGUUUUUGGAUAUCUUUGGAGAAUUAAUGAGUAGUGGCUUUACAAACAACCACCUCUUGGAAAUCAGUGUUGUGCAUGAUUCAUCUGAGCAGAAGAUACCGAAGUGGAACCCGAUUUGGCAUCAGCUAUCUCGCUGCAGCCUCGAACUGGAGAAUAUCGUGACUUGUAAGUUGGCAACAUAGUUGGUGUUUUGAUGACCUGUGAUUAUUACAACAUCGAACGCGAUCCUUUAGUGAAAAUACAUCUGCAUUGCUGCUAACCUUGUCUUGGCAGAAGAACUGCGGGUAGGGCAAAAUUGUGAAGCUGGACUAAGAUUUUGAUUCAAACAGCACUCAACAUGACCGCAUUAUCUGAAGA